AAGAUGGCAGGACUGCAAAUUCUCUUGAAAUUCUCUGUUCAUUUCAAUGGCGAUUUUGAAGGCCUUAGCGUUCAUCUCAGUUGCAGCAACUAUCUUGAGGAGUUGUUCAGUUGAAGGGCAGAUUCGUUCGCCUUGCACGGCCUCAAUGAUCAACAAUUUCACCCCAUGUUUCAAUGUCAUCACUGGAAGUAGCAGCAAUGGUUCUUCACAAAAGGAAAGUUGCUGCACCACACUGAGUUCGCUGUCGGGGAUAAGCAUGGACUGUGUCUGCCUUUUACUUACUGCUAAUGUGCCUGUUCCUCUGCCCAUCAAUGCGGCCCUUGCGCUCAUUCUUCCAAGUUCUUGUAACAUUACUAACUUGCCUGCACAAUGCAAAGCAUCAGCUUCUCCCCUGCCAUCACCAGGACCUGUCUCACUUGGACCAGCUGCACCAUCUCCUACUGCAGCUGCUUCUCCUCUAAGCCCACAAGUUUCCAAAGCAGUAGCAGUAGCUCCGGCACCAGAAAGCAGCCAGCCUCAGCCGCAGAAAUUGACACCGACGUAUUCUCCGGCGGAAUCGCAAGCUCCAGAAGCAGCCCACCGUCGGAUCCGACCGGUUUUAGCUCCAUCCGCAUCUACUCCAUCUUGUUCCCGCUCACCAUCUCUCUUGCUGAUUUCCAUAGCCGUGAUGGUCUUCAAAUCCCAUUGAACAGUUGUUUUGCUUUCGUUCCUCUACUAAUUGAAUGUGCUUGAUGCACGUUUGUUUCCCUCUUUUCACUCUGCAAAAACGUUCAGAAAUCGAAACUUCAUUCCGAUUUCGAUGCCAGUUCUGAUAUAUCUUUAAUCAAAUGUGAUGUU